AUGAGUGGUGGAGGGACGGAGACCCCUGUGGGUUGUGAGGCCACCCCGGGCGGCGGCGACAAGAAGAAGGAUUCGCUGGGGACUGCGGGCUCACCAGCACAUUUCAUUAUCAAGGACCUUGGAGAAAUUCAUUCAAGGCUUUUAAAUCACAGACCAGUUGUUCAAGGAGAAACCCGUUAUUUUGUGAAAGAAUUUGAAGAAAAGCGUGGUCUUCGAGAAAUGCAAGUUCUUGAAAAUUUGAAGAAUAUGAUCCACGAAACAAAUGAACAUACUCUUCCCAAAUGUAAAGAAAUCAUGCAAGACAACUUAAACCAAGUUCUCCAGAGAUUGCAAGCAGCUUCUGACUCAGUCUGCAGACUCCAGCAGAGGAAAGAAGGAACA